AUGUCCGACAAUGGGCCACAAUUCAGCUCGGCCUCAUUCCUCCAGUUUGCAAAGACGUAUGGAUUCAUCCACACUACUAGUUCCCCACGGUACCCACAGGCAAAUGGGGAAGCCGAGAGAGCAGUUCGCACGAUCAAAGGGCUGCUUAAGAAGAACACAGACCCGUACCUCUCCCUUCUGAUGUAUCGCUCAUCCCCACUUCAAAAUGGCCUGUCCCCAAGCGAACUAUUGAUGGGCAGGAAACUAAAGACAACCCUGCCUAUCCUUCCAUCAAAUCUACAUCCGAAAGCUCAACAGGACCAGACGAUCAGACAGAAAGAAGAAGCGUAUCGCACAAAGCAACAGCACAACUUCAAUCUUCGUCACCGUGCUAAGACUCUAACAACACUACACCCUGGUGACUCAGUUUGGAUCCGAGACCAGAACCGCCAAGAGACCAUCCUCGCUAAAUCAUCCCAGCCACGUUCUUACAUUGUUGAAACCAAUCUUGGCGCAGUUCGUCGCAAUCGAUCAGCUCUCGUCACCACACCAGACCACACCCCUCAACCACCCGACCCAGAUGCACUACUGUCUCCACCCUCUGAUGUAACAACGCAGACAGUACUUCCUACUCCAAUGCAGCAGUUUCCUCCAUCCACUUCUCCAGAGAAACAAUCUCCGUCGUUUUCCCCACCACCGAGUACUCCACUCGGUGAUGACAACCCAAUCAGGACGUUUAGUGAAGCCGCCUAA